AUGGACUCAGUCUGUGAGAAACAGAGCAAGAGCCGCAAGCUUGGCAAAGAUGGAGAUGCACCAAAGAUCACAUUAGAGUGUCUUCCGCGUGAGAUUUCCUUCAAUAUAUUAUCAAGCCUAUCUAUUACAUCUUUAGCCAAAAUCAAGUUUGUUUGCCGAGCCUGGUGCAACUUAGCAAAAGACCCUCUUCUCAUUAAUAUGCAUUUCUUGCGCAUGACUGAAAAUGAUCCUUGUUUCAUUCUACACCAAGACUAUCCUGUUCAAGACCAAAAUUACUUUGUAGAUUUCUCUGCUCGGAAUGAAAGUUACAAGGCAUUGAAGAAAUUUUGCGUUCCUUUGAUGCCUAAAUUUGACAUUGUAGGCUCAUGUAAUGGCCUUCUAUGCUUAAGGUAUUCAUCAUCACCUGCAAGCCACUCACUCUGUAUAUAUAACCCUUUUACCGGGGAUUACUUAAAGCUUCCUGAACCCACGAAGGUCUCGCAUAAAGAGAUGGUGAACGUGUUUGGAUUUGGCUUCCAUCCUACCACAAAGGAAUACAAGGUGAUUGCUAUAUGUUUUGAAAGUGCAAAUAGUCUUCUGUAUAGGGAUUUAUAUACCGAUAAAGAAUUAGAGGCUCAGAUCUUUUGGCCCCAUAAAUAUUGGCUAGGUCUCCUGGUCGUGUCAUUUGACUUAGCAGAUGACCAAUUCCGGGAGGUCCCCAAGCCUGACUGUCCAACCUUAGGUCAUCAUAACCAUCUGGCAGUCUUAGGAGGCUGUCUAUCUGCAGCUUUUUUGAACAAGGUUGGGAUGCAUCCUUCAAAGAGUUCAAAGUUGUAUUUGAAAAAAAGAUUUUUUAGGGUGAUUUGCCUUCUGAAGAAUGGUGAAAUCUUGUUAGAAUAUAUGCACAGAGCUUUAUAUUCUUAUGACCCCAAAAACAGAACAUUUAAGGAUCUAGAUUUUCCAGGAGUGCCAAACUGGUUUGAAACUAUUGUUCAUGUGGGUAGCCUCAAUUGGAUUGAUAUCCCCAUUGAUAUGUAAAUUGAAAAAAUAA